AGUAUAGAACGAUGUGAUCUUUUAGUUGCUAACGAUGAGCGAUUAUAAUAGUACGCUGAAAUUUAUUGUUUUGGGAGCAGGAAUAAAUGGACUCUCUUGUGCAUUUCGACUUUCGAGUCGCUAUCCAGGAUCGAAUAUCGAAAUACUAAGUGAACAGUUCAGUCCGUCUACAACAAGCGAUGUGGCUGCUGGGCUCUGGGAACCAUAUCUUCUCGGAGAAACUUCGAAAGAUCUAGUCAGAAAAUGGUCCCGUGAGACGUACGAAUACUUCCAUGGCCUUUGGAAGGCCGGUUACGCCAAUGAGGCUGGUAUUAGCCUUUUGCCAUAUGUUGCUCUGGUUUCCAAAGGACAUGAGUUAGAUGACUUUUUCUGGAAAGACUACGUGUACGGUUUCCGAGAGUUGUCUCAAUUCGAGCUGCAUCAAUUGGGCGCUGAACACAACGUGGAAUAUAUCACAGGCGCACAAUUUAUUACGUUCACAUGCGAACCGAGUAAAUUGCUUCAAUUCUACACUAACGCGCUAAGGUCACGAGGAGUAAAAUUUCGUCAGUUCAAGGUAAACUGUUUUCAAGCACUGAGUGAGAAACUAGAUCGGCUCAUUGUCAUCAAUUGUCUGGGACUGGCGUCCGGUAGUAUUAUUCCCGACGAAACACUAAAACCUUGCCGUGGUCAGAUCAGACGUGUGCGAGCCCCAUGGAUGUUUCAUGUUUUGAUUUCCAAUAAUGGAUAUGUGAUCCCGAAUACCGGUGGUGUGACAUUGGGCGGAACUAAACAGGAAGAUGAUUGGGAUCUAACUGUAAGAGCCGCGGAUACCAUGAAGAUUUCCAGGGAAUGCUAUGGCUUGAUUCGAGCACUGAAACGAACUCCGAUUAUCGCAGAUAUUGUUGGCUUGAGGCCAACACGUGACUCCGUGAGGUUAGAAGCCGAGUUUUUAAAAACAGAGCACACGGAUCGGAUGCCUAUUAUCCACAAUUAUGGACACGGUGGGGGCGGAAUCACAUUGGCUUGGGGUUGUGCUGGAGAAGUCUUGAAUCUUGUCGAAAAUAUUUUGAACGAUGAACACGGAUCGACUAAUAAUAAAUCAAAACUAUGAAUUCUCAUAUUUUAAGGUUUAGAGCACUCUAAAGAAAAAACAAAACAAUGCAUACAAUUGUUUAGCAAGUUGCACAUGGUUCACAAGAUAAUAAAUCUAAUUCUCUUACGC